CUGGCCCCUUCCUCCCCCGACCCGAGCUCUUGACCAACACGCCGCGCGCAUCCUCCUCAGACGCGGGAGCGUUUUUCAGGACGUGGGGCCCACGGCACACGCCGUCCCGGGACCCACCUGCCUCCCCCUCCUCUCCCAGCCACACCCAGCGGGCAGCCUUCCCCGCGCACACACACCAGGAGCGACUGCGUCCUUGCGGCCGCCGCGAAGAAGUCCCUUUAUGGCCGUGUGUGCGCGCAUCCCCCGUCCCUGCGCCCGGGCUCUGGGAUUUCUUCCCAGGCCCCGGAGCUGCCAGAACGCGAGGGUUAACCGUGCACUCCUGACUGCUUCCUCGGGAAAAUUACCGGGUGGCCCUCCCCCGGGCGGCGGUGCCCCCUGGCACCUUCGAAACGUCCUCAGCGACUCAGUGGAGAGCUCCGACGAUGAAUUCUUUGAUGCCAGAGAGGACAUGGCCGAAAGGAAGAAUUCCAUCCUCAUCGGGAUGAGCCAGUGGAGUUCUAACGACCUGGCGGAGCAGAUGGGGACCUUGGGGAGACUGGAGGGGCACCAGGGCGAUGGGAGCGCCCCGUGCACGUCCAGCGCCCUCCAGGAGAAGCAGCGAGAACUGUAUCGGGUUUCCUUGAGAAGACAGAGGUUCCCCGCCCAGGGCAGCAUCGAGAUCCACGAAGACAAUGAGGAAGGCUGCCCGCGGCGCUCCUGCAAGACACACGUGCUCCUGCUGGUGCUCCACGGGGGCAACGUCCUGGACACGGGUGCGGGGGACCCAGCUUGCAAGGCGGCCGACAUCCACACCUUCGGCUCCGUGCUGGAGAAGGUCACGCGUGCCCACUUCCCGGCAGCCCUGGGCCACAUCCUCAUCAAGUUCGUGCCCUGUCCUGCCGUCUGCUCCGAGGCCUUCUCGCUCGUCUCUAACCUGAACCCCUACAGCCACGAUGAGGGCUGCCUCGGCAACAGCCAGGACCACGUCCCCUUGGCCGCCCUGCCCCUGCUGGCCAUCUCCUCUCCGCGGUACCAAGACGCAGUGGCCACCGUCAUCGAGCGGGCCAACCAGGUCUACACAGAGUUCCUCAAGUCCCCUGACGGAAUCGGCUUCAGUGGGCAGGUGUGUCUCAUCGGGGACUGUGUGGGGGGCCUCCUGGCCUUCGAUGCCAUCUGCUACAGCGCGGGGCCCUCGGGUGACAGUCCGGGCGGCAGCAGCCGGAAGGGCAGCAUCAGCAGCACCCAGGACGCCCCCGUCGUGGCGGACGAGGCGUGCGGUCUGGCCGGCAGCAAGCGUCUCAGCAAGAGCAGCAUUGACGUCUCCGGCGUGCCGGACGAGGACGCCUCGGAGCCCCAGAGGCCGUUGCCUCGGAAACAGAGCGACUCCUCCACCUACGACUGUGAGGCCAUCGGCCAGCAUCAUGCCUUCCUGUCCAGCAUCCACUCGAACGUGCUGAAGGACGAGGCCGAGCCCCCCGCGGCUGGGGGGCUCCCGCCGCCCGAGGUCAGCCUGGGUCGCUUGGACUUCGACGUGUCCGACUUCUUCCUCUUUGGCUCGCCCCUGGGCCUGGUCCUGGCCAUGCGGAGGACAGUGCUGCCGGGACUGGACGGCUUCCAGAUGCGUCCCGCCUGUAGCCAGGUCUACAGUUUCUUCCACUGCGCGGACCCCUCUGCUUCGCGGCUGGAGCCCCUGCUGGAGCCCAAGUUCCACCUGGUGCCGCCCGUCAGCGUGCCCCGCUACCAGAGGUUCCCGCUGGGCGACGGGCAGUCCCUCCUGCUGGCUGACGCUCUGCACGCCCACAGCGGCCUCUUCCUGGAGGGGGGCUCACGGGACAGCCCACCGCCCCCAGACGCCCCCGCCCCGCCUCCUCAGGCCCCGGGGGCCCAGUGCCCUGCACGGAGGAUGAGCCGGGACAGCUCACACAGCGACAGCUCAGACUCCUCAGACAGCCUGGCCCCCGCGGGCGUCUCCCACAUCACGGCCAAGUGGUGGGGCGCCAAGCGUAUCGACUACGCCCUGUACUGCCCCGACGUCCUCACGGCCUUCCCCACCGUGGCCCUGCCCCACCUCUUCCACGCCAGCUACUGGGAGUCCACGGAUGUGGUAGCCUUCAUCCUGAGACAGGUGAUGCGCUACGAGAACGUGACCGUCAAGGAGAACGCGGGCCUGGAUCCUGCGGCGCUGAGCCCCGCCAACCCCCGUGAGAAGUGGCUUCGCAAGAGGACCCAGGUCAAGCUGCGGAACGUCACCGCGAACCACCGGGCCAACGACGUGAUCGCCGCAGAAGACGGCCCGCAGGUCCUGGUGGGGCGCUUCAUGUACGGGCCCCUGGACAUGGUGGCUCUGACCGGAGAGAAGGUGGACAUCCUGGUGAUGGCGGAGCCGUCCUCGGGCCGCUGGGUGCACCUGGACACGGAGAUCACCAACAGCAGCGGCCGCAUCACCUACAGCGUCCCGCGGCCCCGGCGCCUGGGGGUGGGCGUCUACCCCGUGAAGAUGGUCGUCAGGGGCGACCAGACCUUUGCGAUGAGCUACCUCACGGUGCUGCCCCGGGGCAUGGAGUGCGUGGUGUUCAGCAUCGACGGGUCCUUCGCGGCCAGCGUGUCUAUCAUGGGAAGUGACCCCAAGGUCCGGCCGGGGGCCGUGGACGUCGUCCGGCACUGGCAGGAUCUGGGCUACCUGAUCCUGUACAUCACGGGGCGGCCGGACAUGCAGAAGCAGCGGGUGGUGUCCUGGCUGUGCCAGCACAACUUUCCACAGGGCAUGAUCUUCUUCUCCGACGGGCUGGUGCACGACCCCCUGCGGCAGAAGGCCAUCUUCCUCCGCAACCUCGUGCAGGAGUGUUUCAUCAGGAUCAGCGCGGCCUACGGCUCCACUAAGGACAUCUCCGUGUACAGUGUGCUGGGUCUGCUGCCCUCCCAGAUCUUCAUCGUGGGCCGGCCCACCAAGAAGUACCAGGCCCAGUGCCAGUUCCUGAGCGAGGGCUACGCGGCCCACCUGGCGACGCUGGAGGCCGGCCACCGCUCGCGCCCGAAGAAGAACAACUCGCGGAUGGUGCUGCGCAAGGGCAGCUUCGGCCUGCACGCGCAGCCCGAGUUCCUGCGGAAGCGCAACCACCUGCGCAGGACCAUGUCCGUGCAGCAGCCCCACCCGCCCGCCAACCCCAAGCCCGAGCGGGCCCAGAGCCAGCCCGAGUCCGACAAGGACCAGGAGCGGCCCCUGCCCGCGCUCAGCUGGGCGCGCGGGCCCCCCAAGUUCGAGUCGGUGCCCUGAGAGCCGGGCUGCGCGCAGAGGGCCGGGGCCGGGCGGGGGUGGGGGGUGCUGCUCCCCGAGACGGGCCGUUUCCUGCUUUUCCCCGCCCCCCGUGUGUGUCCAGCGGUGUCCGAGCAGAGCGGGGAGGGACCCUGCCGAAACCCGGGGAGGGGGCUCCCUGGGCCACGAGGGGGUGAGACCCCAGGGUCUCCGCAGCCGCGGCUGCCUCCCCGUGCGGGACCUGGGACCGCGAGCCCGUCAGGGGCGGUGUCCGUGGAGUCCUGGGGGGCAGGCCUGCCCCGAGCUGGCCGGUCUGACAGAGUCGACCACCUUUCUGGGGUCCACGCAGGCCCUAAAGGGAGAAGCCGCCAGACCGGGGAUCAGCAGCCGCCGGCAGGUGCAGCCUCCCAGCGGCCUGGGGGACGGACAAGUGGCAUCGUGCCGGCCCCCCCCCCCCCCCGCCGUGACAUCCUGGGUCAGCCUCAUGGGCCUGGCUUUCCUGUGGCAAAGUGGCCACUUUCUGGGAGGGAGGGGACCUCCCCCGGGGCUCCUCCUGUGUCCGCGUGUCUGUCCACGGCCCUUGCGGGGGUGGGGGGGGGUGGCGGGGUCUGGUGCUGACGGUCUGUCCUUCUGCGGCUGUCCAUUGUCCCCGUCUUGUCCUCGGUAUUCCUGCCGUUCACCCGCGGCCCGAGAGGACGGCCAUUCCUCUUCCCGGGGUCCUGCCUGGGGCCCUCCCUGGGGAGGCUGCGGCCCUGGGCGCUGGCCCUGCUGGGCUGGCUGAGAUCCCUUGAGCCCCUCGUCACCCUCUCUGGGCCCUGGCUUCCUUACGGAAUUGGAAGGUCCCCCCGGCUGAGACUGGUGCGCGGUUUCUGACUCCUGGGCUGUCUUCUGUCUUGCACUUCUGUGCCCUGGGGUUUCUGGGCCUCAGAGCCCCUCAGACCACCCCGGCUCCACCUUCCACACUGUCUGAGAGAGGGGCUCUGGGGGGGCCCUCACUGUCGCCCCACCGCUUGGGGAGGGAGGGGGAUGGGAAGGGGUCCCGGCUCCGUGAGGCAGUGUGCUUUGCACUGAUGCCCAAACCAAAACCACGUGUCCCGGCAGCAGGGACACCCCCCACCCCGGGGGCCGGGCUCGCCCUCCCCAGCGCUGCUCACGCUGACUCUGUUUUGGCUCCUGGAGGGCAUAGAGCUGAGAUCCCAGCGUUCGGGGGGCGCGUGUCAUUUUGGCUCAAAAACUGUUGUACUUUUCCCUUCCGCCUGCCACUCAGCUUGGUUUGGGACCCACGCCCUCCUCCUGUGCCGUCCCUUGAGGUCGGCAGGGCUCUCCUGCAGCCCAGCCCAGGCCCACACCCGCCCCGGCCUGCUUCGGAGCCCCUGAGGCUGGCCCAGCUCCUCCAGGCGGGGCUGUGCCCGAGUCCAGGCACCUGCGUGGGCCCGUGUCGCUUCUGCUCCGUGUCUACCUCUCGCGGCUCCCGUGUGGCCAGCGUCCUCCCCGCAGCGGCUGCUGUGACCUGCCCAGCAGACCUGCUGGGGCUGGAGGGGUCCGGGCUCCCGGCCCCCACCCUGCUCUCUCCAGUGUGCGGCACCCCCCUCCCCCAGCCCUGCGGCUCCCCUGUAGGCAGGGGCAGGUACCCUGGGGGUGUCCUCUCCAGCCCUGGCUCCUGGGUUCCCAGGUGCCCAUCCCUCCUUCCACACUUGGUUGUCGGGGCUCCCCAGAAGGUACGAGGUCGUAGGCACAGCUACUCCCACCCCAGGCCUUCCUGUCCUUCCUGAAAUCUAUCCUGCGUUGAAGUCGGGCGGACUUACUCUGAUUCUCUGAGGCUCCGCCAUCCCCUUUCCUUCCAGAAGCCCCUGCCGUCAGUCUCCACUGAUAAAUUAGUGGAGUUAUGUCUUCCCGAGUUAGGUUCCCUCUGCCCUGUGAGCCCCAGGCUGGGAGUGAGAGACACAAAGAGAGAACACCAGGACCCUGGGGAGUUUGGAGUCCCAGUGAGCAGGGUACUGUGGCUGGGGAUCUGGGGUUCUGCAGGUGCUGUGGUUUUGGGGGUCCAGGGUUCUGGGAGGUGCCAUGGUUCUGGGGGGGUGCUGGGGA